AUGAGAAUCUCCAAUGAUUCCGAAGAAUCAAUCAUCUCUGCCAAAGAUUACUCUGAUAGUUCAAAAAAACAAAACUGGAGACAAAUCUUUAUGCUUUCCUUCUCAUCUUUAGGUGCUAUUUAUGGUGAUAUUGGUACUUCUCCAUUAUAUGUCCUUAAUUCUAUCAAAUAUCCAAAUAAUCCACCUAAUAAAGAUGAUAUCUAUGGUGGUGUUUCAGUUAUCUUUUACCUUUUUACUAUUAUUGUUAUUUGUAAAUAUGUUUUGAUUGUUUUGGUUCUUGGUCCAAAUAAUGGUGAAGGGGGUCAAGUGGCUAUUUAUGCUAAGAUUGCAAGAUAUCUUAAUAUCGGUCCUAAAGGGGUUCAUAUUCCUGGUGCUGCUGAAAUCUCAGAUAUGGAAUUAAUCACUAGACAAGAUACAACUUCAUCAUUUAUGUCAAAUUCUUUAACUCGUCAUAAAACAAGAAUUGAUAAAAUUAAAGAAUCUCAAUUAUUGACUAAAAUCAUUCAAACAUUUAUCUUGUUUGCUUGUUUUGUCGGUUGUUCGUUGGUCUUUUCUGAUGGGUUAUUAACUCCAACUACUUCUGUUUUAAGUGCAAUUGGUGGUAUUCAAACUGCUAUUCCAUCAUUCACUCAAGUUUUGGCUGUUUCAGAAGUUAUCUUAGUGGUAUUAUUCUUAAUUCAACAAUUUGGUUCUAAUAGGAUUUCGUUUUUAUUUGCUCCCAUCGUUUUCAUUUGGAUGAUUGGUUUAAUCAUUUGUGGUCUUUAUAAUAUCAUUAAACAUGAUCCUGGUGUGUUCAGAGCUUUAUCUCCUUAUUAUGCUAUCAGAUUAUUGAAAAAAUCAGGUAUAAAUGUGUUUGGAGGUGCCAUGCUAUCAAUCACUGGUACAGAAGCUAUGUUUGCUGAUAUUGGUCAUUUUGGUAAAUUGCCAAUUCAAUUAACUUUAGGUUUUUUUGUUUAUCCUGCUUUAAUGAUCUGUUAUUUGGGUCAAGGUGCUUAUGUGGUUAAGAAUCCUGAAGAUUGGAUUAAUCCAUUCUUUUAUUCAGUUCCAGGUGGUACUAAUGGUGUACCAUUUUGGAUUAUGUUUGCAUUGGCCACUUUAGCUACUAUUAUUGCUAGUCAAGCUUUAAUUUUAUCUGUAUUUUCCAUUGUUUCCCAAUUAAUCGCUUUAGAUUGUUUCCCUAAAUUGAAAAUUGUUCACGUUUCAAGUCAUCAUGAAGGUAAAGUUUAUAUUCCAACUGUUAAUUGGUUAUUAAUGAUUGGGGUUUGUGCAACUACUGCAGGUUUCAAGAAUUCAAAUAAUGUUACCGCUGCUUAUGGUUUAGGUAUCUCAUUGGAUUUCAUUGUCACUUCCCUGUUAAUCAUGCUUUGUAUGUUCUACGUUUAUAAAUGGAACAUUAUUUGGCCUAUUCUUUAUUGUUUAGUCCUUGUACCUUUGGAAAUGUGUAUGGUUAUUUCUAAUAUGAGUAAAGUGGUUCAUGGUGCUUGGUUCCCAUUAAUGAUGACAGCUUUAAGUGUGAUGUUCUUAAGUAUUUGGAGAUGGGGUAGAUCACUUAAAGUGAAUCAUGAAUUUUCGUCAAGAAUUAAAAUUGGAGAUUUAUAUCCUAAAUUUAAAAAUUCUCCAGAAGUGGUUCAAUUAAAUUUAGGUAGUUCAGAUAAUCAUAAAUAUGAUAUUAUUGAUGCUAAUGCUGGAAUACCAGAUAAAAAGGAUACUAUUAUUACAAGAUUUGGUAAGACUACUUUAAAGAGAUAUGAAGGUAUUGCUAUUAUGUAUAAUGAUUCAUCAAUGCAAAAUAUGAGUUCUCCAAAUACUUUACCAUUGAUUUAUGCAAAGUUAGUGAAGAAUUUCUCAUCCAUUCCAUCAUCAUUCAUUUUUGUUUCUUUUAGAGUAUUAUCAAUUCCUUAUGUUCCAGAAGAAGAAAGAGUUAUUAUGGCAUCUAUGAAAAUCCCUGGACAUUAUAGAUGUAUUUUAAGAUUUGGUUUCAUGGAAGAAAUCACUAUUGAUAAUACUUUAAAUAAAAGAAUCAUUAGUUCUAUUCCUGAAUCAAAUCAAUUGGCUAGAAAAUUCUCCAGAUCAACCGUCAAUUCAAAUCCUGGUUCGAUCCAAUCUCAAAGUCAUGUUACCGUCAAUAAUAUUCCAAUCUUACAUAUUUUUGAAAGUAAUUUGAUUAGAUCCCAUGAAUUUAAUGCUGAUAUUGAAAAGACUAAGAAUCCUUUCAUUGUGAUUAGAAGAGUGGCCAGAAAAGUGUUGAUUAAUUAUUUCUUCAGUCCUAUAACUUCUAUGACUCAAGGUAAUGGUCAAUUAGUUAAAUUGAAAUCGGAAGAUGAAGAAUCGGAUAAAAAAAUCUUUAUUGGUGGUGUUGCAAGAAUAUAG